CAGGGAUCCGGUGUGUCCCACCGUUGCUGUCAUCCUCUCUCGCUUUUUUCCACGAAUUCGACGCUUGGGGAUGGGCUGGGCGACCACCCGUCUGCGCAACAACGGCAUCCAUGUCCGCUUCUCGCAAAUGAAAUCGACAUAUUGCAUGCCCACCUCCGAACCUUUUUUAGGCUUUUCAAAGGUCAUAGCGGUCGAGGCCUUCUGCAAGUGAUAGUACAGUAUAAAAGCCCAGCGCCGGCGUCGGAGCCCCCCACCAUUCCGGCAUUCCUAUCACACCUCGACCUCUCACCCCCACCCGCCAACCAACCGAAACCAGCAACAAUGGUCAAGUUGGCCUCGGUGCUCCUCCUCGCCUCCGCCGCGCUGGUCGCUGGCAAAGGCACCUGCAAGAAGCCGUCCACCGUUCAGCCCGAGGUAACCGCUGUUCCCGACGCGACCGUCCCGCCCGUCGUCAGCGAACCCACUCAACCCACCGUGGUUCCCGCCUUCCCCGAGCCCGCUCCCCCCGCCGAGCCAACUGAACAGAAGCCGCCGCCGAAGCAAGAGCCCAAGAAGACGCAGCGCCCCGUCGCCCCUCCCCCGAAGAAGACCGCCGCACCCACCCUCCCCCAACAACCCCCCACCCAAACCAAACCCACCAAAUCAUCCUUCACCACCGAAUGCCUUACAUUCCACAACCAGUUCCGCGCCCAGGACGGCAAACGCCCCCUCACAUUCUCCUCCGCCGUCGCCCGGUCCGCUCAGAACUACGCCCAGGUCCUCGCCAACGCCGACCCCGGACCGCUCUCCCCUCGUCUCGUGCACUCGAACGGCCAAUUCGGUGAGAACCUCUACGCCUUUGCGGGACCCAACACCGUCGGCUGCGACGUCGCCAGCAAGUCGUGGUACAGCGAGAAGAGCAUGUUUCCUGUUGGAGGCAGGUUUGGCGAUAACAAUGGGAAGUUCACGUGGCAUGAUUAUGGGCACUAUACCCAGAUGGUGUGGGGGACUACCAAGGAGCUUGGGUGUGGAGUUGCCGUGAGGGAUUAUGGACAGACCAAGACUACUUAUGUGGUGUGCCAGUACAACGCUCCUGGAAACUACAUCGGCUCCCGCAUUCCCUAGACGCAUAGAUUGGACUUCCCACCGACGGCAUAUAGACAAAGACACUCCCUAGACAUCACCCAAAGACAUUUGUUACAUAUCCCGAUAUCCUCGUAUGUAGAUAGAGACAUCAACCGGCUGUAAAUUCCCUCCGUGGUACAUAGAAAAAAAAGUGAACUGACUCUCUGUAUGUACUGAAUCCGAAAUUGUAUAUGGCUGGCCGUAUGUGGCAAUCAAACAGUUCCUCUUGGUAGAUUAAAGGUUGGUGUCGGUAGGCGGCGUAGGAGGUUGGCGAAGGACGAUGCCAUCUUGACGUGGGUUUCACACUCUCGGAGCACUUCCGUGUCGAGCAGUGAAAGCAGAUACGAACGGCAUUGGCCGUCGAAACCAGGCCCACCCAUGGGAGGGGGC